AUGUCGCAACUCCCCGACAUUUCCCAGGUUACCUCUGGCGUGAGCAGCAACAGCAGCGACUCCAAGUCGGGCACCCCUGCGCCUUCAACCACCGCGGCGCGCGAGGCUGCCAUGGCCAGCAUUGCUGAAGACAAUCUCACAUGCCGUUGGAACCAGUGCCUUCAAAAAUUCGCUACUCCCGAAAUCCUCUAUGAACACAUUUGCGAUCGCCAUGUCGGCCGCAAAAGCACAAACAACCUUAGCCUGACCUGCCAAUGGAACUCGUGCCGCACAACCACUGUCAAGCGUGACCACAUUACCUCACAUAUCAGAGUCCACGUCCCUCUCAAGCCUCACAAGUGUGAGUUCUGUGGUAAGUCCUUCAAACGCCCUCAGGACUUGAAGAAGCACGUCAAGACACAUGCCGAUGAUUCUGUCCUCUCCCGCCAGGACAGCGGCUUCAACUACCGAACUCAGUCCAAGGCCCCUAGCUACUACGACCAUAAUGGUCAAAUGCGUUCUGGUCACGCCGGCUACCCCCAGCCUGGUCACCCUGGCGGCUACUAUGCUCCCCAGCAGCCUGCAAGCUAUGGCAUGUACUUUAACCAGCCGCCUCUGAACGCCCCCCGCGCGGAGCACAUUGGCUACAACGCUGCCGCCGCUGGCGGUUAUGACCGCAAGCGUACCUACGACAUGGUUGACGACUUCUUUGGCAGCGCCAAGCGCCGCCACAUUGACCCCUCGUCCUACACCGACAUAGGUCGCUCGCUUCUUCCUCUCCACGGCUCCCUGUCCGUCCCCCAGGGUGCCAUGGCUGCUGCCGAUCAUUACAUGCCCCAGCCUGCGCACGUCUCUGGCGGCAUGAGUGCCGGUGUUCCUCCCAUUGCUCACAACCCUCUGGCUCAGCAGUACUACCUGCCUAUGCCUAGCGCCCGCACCCAUAAGGAUCUCGUCCAUAUUGACAAUCUCCUCGGCCAAAUGCAGGAUACCAUCUACGAGAAUGCCCAACAUGCUACUGCCGGCGUACAUAUUCACAAUGGCAGCGAUCACAGCUAUGGUGGCUUCCGCAACACUCCCUCACCCAAUGUCGUGCACCGCGGAUCUCCCAGCCAUAUGGCCGACGGCUACGCCGUCUCAGCCGCCAGCAUGGCCUCCCCUCUCACUGCUAUCUCGUCGACCGGCACGCCCGCCGUCACCCCUCCUUCCAGCUCCAUGUCCUACACCUCGGGCCACUCUCCAAGCCCGUCUGCCUCUGGCAUGUCUGCUGCUGGCCUCUCUCCUCAGUCCCGUCACAGCCCAGCCGCUGUCAUGUACCCGAGCCUGCCCACCAGCCUGCCCGCUGCCAGUCACGGCUACGGCCAGUCUGCUACGGCCACGCUCGGUCCCAGCUUCGACAUGAGCGAGCGCCGUCGCUACUCUGGCGGUCUGCUCCAGCGCGCGCGCGGACCUUUGCCCUCGCGACCCGCCGAGCCGUCCAGCGGCGCCACUACCCCCAAGGCCGCCGCUGACAGCCCCGCCUCGCCCGCCUCGGAGUCGUCAGACACGAGCGAGGCCACCCGCGAGCGCGAGGAGCAGUACGACCGCUGGUUGGAGAACAUGCGUGUCAUCGAGGGCCUGCGCGAGUACGUCCGCGGACGUCUGGAGCGCAGAGAGUACGUUCCCGACGAAGCGGAGCACAACGGCGAUGCCAUGGACGUCGACGUCAAAAGCCCCCAGUUGCCUCCUCGCACGCUCGGCAAGGGCAAGGAGGGCGGCAACUCGUUGUACCCCAUCCUCCCCGUGCCCGGUUCUUGA